CUUGAAUGCAAUGUCAUUUCUGUCGCAACACGCUGCCCAUACCACACUUACUUCAGGUGGGCGAGCGCCGACGCUGGAUCAAAGAAUCGACCAUGUCGCAACGUGCCUAUCAAGUGCGAGUUGUGUCACCCUACUCUUGCGCCCGUUACAGACUUACAGGCAUGAAAUCCCGCGCUGGUGCGCCAUAUGUGGAUGCGAUAUGGCGUUACAAUAUGAUUUAUCAUCUCAAUGAGACCCACCCACAGUAUGCGCAUCCCAAGAACACCCACGGCCAUCCUCUCCCACCAGACAUUCUAAACUCGUUUACUCUAACGUCCCUGGAACAACGCGAAGCUGGUAUUCCCGAAGUACACUGGCUCGUCCCUCUAUUUGACGGUGAUAAGGAAAACCACGCUGGACCCAGCUCCCGCAAGCGGAAGUCCAACAACGCCGCCAACGGGAAUGCUAAGAAGGCCCGAACAACUGUGUAGUUUCUGUCUUUUUAUGCUUUUCUUCACUAUGCUUGCUCUGCACAACUCAUGGAUCACAUUCAGUUAUAUUGGUAUGAUACAUUGCACUAUGAUAGCUGCUGUAUUCUCGAUUACUUUUUUACACGUUACAUCGCACACGACGCGUCUACACGCGUCUAGUGAAAUUUUCAUGUGUUACAUAUUUCCUUAAUGGGAAUGUUACCCUCAC